UCUCGCACUCCGUUUCUCUCACUCUGGCACUCUUGCCCCCUUCCCCCCACCCGGUGGCACCAUGGCGUCUGGCGAGGAGGACGGAGCGGUGGAGGAGAAAGAAACUAACAACAAGAAAAAGCGGACGAAAAGCGCAAUCGCCACCGCAUGGCUCACGUUCUACAACAUCGCCAUGACGGCCGGGUGGCUGGUGUUGGCUCUUGCAAUGGCUCGGUACUAUCUCCAGAAAGGCACACAUAAGGGCUUGUACAGAAGUAUAGCAAGGACACUUAAGUUUUUCCAGACAUUUGCUGUGCUAGAGGUUGGGCACUGUGCAAUUGGAAUUGUGCGGACAUCAGUGAUCGUUACUGGGGUCCAAGUGUGCUCCCGGAUAUUCAUGGUUUGGUUCAUCACUAAUAGUAUCAGACAGGUCCAGAAUCAGGAGAGUGUGAUCCUUUUUCUGGUGGUGUGGACAGUCACCGAGAUCACACGUUACUCCUUCUACACCUUCAAUCUGCUAAACCAUCUGCCAUACUUCAUCAAAUGGGCCAGAUACAACCUGUUCAUUGUCAUGUAUCCUUUGGGUGUGAUUGGUGAACUGAUGACCAUAUAUGCUGCUCUACCAUAUGUUCGGAGAUCGGGCAUGUACUCUUUGAGGCUCCCGAACAAGUACAAUGUCUCCUUUGACUACUACUACUUCCUCAUCAUCGUAAUGCUCUCCUACAUCCCACUAUUUCCUCAGCUAUAUUUCCACAUGCUGCGCCAGAGGAGAAGGGUGCUUCAUGGAGAGGUUAUAGUGGAGAAAGAUGAGUAGAGAAAGACCAUGCCGAACCACCAUAUAGCAAUCAGUGAAUGCUCAGAAAAUCUCCAGUCUUCGGUCCGUGGUGAAGAACGCUAGAUAACAUCAAACAGACUGUACCACUCUGUCUGCAGGGUUACCCCAACCCAAAACCAUCAUACAAUUUCCAAUAAAUUAGAAUUGCUUGAGUACCCAUCUAUAGAUCACAUAUAUCUCUCUUCAGUUACUGAGACAGGCCCCACCAGACCAAACAACUACAUGCUUUUCACUUGGAUGGAAAUGCUAUCAGUUUUAUCCCCAGAUGCAUUUAUAGUGCAUACAAAAUUAAAACAAUUAUGAGGAAACCUUUGGCUAUAUUUCCUCUGCUUCAUCACAAAGAUGGACUGCCUCUGGAUUACACUGCUUCUGUUUCGGAUUACGUCUUUUUUUCUAUACACUGUAGUCUGGACUGAAUCUCACCUUUGUACUGGAUUAAAUCUCUUCUCUAAUUUGGACAUAAUCUUACCUUCGACUGGACUUGAUUGGAUGAAACAAUCUCUGGUCUGAAUUAAAUUGCUGUGUUUCUUCCCUUUCAAAAAAAAAAGGUAAAGUAACCAGCUAGCUAAACGUCUCUGCUGUGGUAUCCCUUCCUUUUAUUUCUAAUUGCAUUGAAAUAGCUGGUUCCAGAUUUGCUGCAGAUUGACUGCUGAUUUGCUAAGGAUGCUGUUUGAAAAUUGUGAACUGGCUUGUUUACCGCAAUUUGCAAGGAUCAGCAGUAAAAUAAGAGCAAGGAAGAGAUGGAAUAGGAUAAAAUGAGAAAAGUUGCAAGGAAGAGAGUACCUGAACUUAGCUUGCUACUUUGAGGGAUAGAAAAGGCUUUGGGUAGUAUUUAAUAAACAGAAACAACUGGAAAUAAAUAUCCUCCUGCAGUUAUGUUUAUUAAAAGAAAGAAAGAUCAAAUUUGAAACAGUUUCCAUCUCACGGUCCCUGCACAUUGGUUGUAUAUUAAAGAUGGUCCAGCCUGGUCCAAGUUAUAUUUUCAGAAACGUCUAAGUCAGAAAUAGCAAUAUUUUUUCAAAAUAGUUUUGUGCCAGUACUGUUGUUUUUGUUUUGAAUGUAAAUACAUGAGUUUGGUGUCAGGACGAAGGGAAAGAAAAAUGUUGCAACAUUUUGAAAUAUUUUUUUAUACCCCGACUGCACUAUGACUCUUUAUGUUGCUUCAAUGUUUACAUCGCAAACUAGAGUUUUGAAACUGGUGAAAUCUGUUCAGGGAUAACUAGAGAAAAGAGCAGCUCAGUGUUGGACUUAAACCUGAUCUGAACCCUGACUAGACUCUUAGUCUUCAAAGCGUCCGUGAUGUGUUGUGUUUUGGGUUAUUCCAUGUCAAAUUACAUUUUCUUGAUGUCAUCUAUGAUCGAACAUCUUGGAACCACUGCAUCAGAAGUAGCGCCCAACUGAUCUAUCGGUUGGCCAAUAAUAUCUGCCUAAGGUCUUGUGAAAUUAUUGUGGGAAACUCUUUAGUAACUCCUAAGAUGACGGCCUGUUCACUUUUAUUACAGCAAUUUAAGCCAAACUGUUGAAUCUGAACACAAGUCACCUUUAUAAGAGACAACAACUACCACCAUCACCUAAACCCAUAGUGUGAAAAUAACAUGUCAUAGCACAAAAAAGUGCAUAUGAAGAGGUGAAGUGAGGAAAAAUGGGAAAAUAUGUGCUAAUGGACAUAACAUUCUGGGACAUUUCCAACCACUACACUGUUAAUACUUCUAUAUUAAAGAAUUUGUGGAUUUUGACUGUUACCUUACAUUUUCCUUUGCUUUCCAUGUCAGUUAGUAAUUUCUGAGUGCAGUGGCUCCAGGAUGUGUGACGAUCCGAUCUUUUCUUCAAAAGAUUUGUCAUGGAGUGGCCCUUUUUGUUUUUUAAGAACUUCUACUUUAAAACAACUUUGUUCUGAGCAAUUCCUCUCUCUCUCUAAGGUGCUAAUGUCACAUCAUUAAAUUCUUCUGUGCAGCUGAGGAGAAAAGGGACAAGAUCAUGGGCAAAGAGCACAAAACAUGAAGUGAAAUGCCUCGAUAAAAAUGUGAAUACUUAAGAAAAUGGAUGUGUUCAUUUCAUUUCAAGUGCACUGCAAGUUUAUAAGUGUAUUAAAUGAACAUCAUGAUAAUAGACAACAAUAAAUAAUAAUAAACAAUAAAAAACAACUGAUCAAAUGCA